AUGGAAAGAAGUGAACCGACAUUAGUUCCAGAAUGGCUGAAAAAUGGUGGAAGUCUGGCGGGUGGGGGCACUGCAUCACAUUCAGAUGGUCACACAUCAAAACUAGCAAGAAAUAAGUCACUCGUGGCAAGCAAUGGUCAUGAUUUAGGGCGAUCAUCUGGUAUGGAUAGAAAUACUUCAUCUUUCCGUCGGAGUUCCAGUAGUAAUGGUUCUGGUCACUUGGGGCCCUAUAGUAGUUUUGCUAGGAAUCACCGCAAUAGGGAAUGGGAGGACACAUAUGGUUCUCGGGAUAAAGAGAAGUCAGUUUUGGGGGACCAAAGGCAACAGUACUUUUCGGAUCCAUUGGGGGGAGACAUUUUGUCAAGUAAGUUUGAGCAGGAUGGUUUAAGGCGCUCACACUCAAUGAUUUCUGGGAAACGUGGGGAGUCAUGGCCAAAGAAAGUUGUAACUGAUUCGACCAAUGCCAGUGGAAACAACAGCAAUGGUCUGCUUAACAAAGGCAGUCCUAUUAGCAGUGUCAACAAAACCACUUUUGAGAGAGAUUUUCCAUCCCUGGGAGCAGAAGAACGACCAGCCACUCCAGAGGUCGGAAGGAUCCCAUCGCCUGGCUUGAGUACUGCUAUUCAGAACUUACCGAUUGGUACCUCAGCUAUGAUUGGUGGCGAAAAAUGGACAUCAGCUUUGGCAGAAGUGCCCGUUUUAACCGGAAGACUAGCUACUCCUUCAAGUUCUGCCCCUUUGGCUUUAGGCACAACCACUGGUCUUAACAUGGCCGCAACUGUGGCUCAGGGUCCUACUCGUGCUCAGACUAUGCCUCAGUUGUCUGCUGGAACUCAUAGACUUGAAGAGCUGGCGUUAAAACAGUCUAGGCAAUUGAUUCCGGUAACACCAUCCAUGUCAAAACCCUUGGUCUUGACUUCUUUAGAUAAACAAAAAGCUAAGGGGGGUCAACUGCAGCAUCCUAUUUCGCCUACGCUUUCUGUUAGUCACUCUCCUCGUGGAGGGCUCUUGAAGUCUGAUGUUUCGAAGUCAACUAAUGUGGGAAAGCUCCAUGUUCUCAAACCAGCACGAGAGAGGAAUGCUGUCUCUUCUGCUACAAAGGAUAACCUGAGCCCAACAAGCGGUAGCAAAUUAGUAAAUUCCUCCCUUUCGAUGACUCCAUCAGCUUCCGGAGCUGCUACCAUUAUUGGCCCAGCAAACAACUCAAUCAUUCCUAGUGCUGAGCACAAGCCUAUAUUGAAUGCUUUGGAGAAGAGACCCGCUCCUCAAGCUCAAAGUCGAAAUGAUUUUUUCAAACUUAUGAGGAAGAAAUCCAUGGCAAAUUCCUCUUACGCUCCUGAUCAAUCUAUGGCAAACUCAUUGUCUGUUUCAGAUCACGGCACUGCCGUGUCACCAGCUGCUUCAGAUAAGGUUGGUGAAUUAGAUGUCACUGUUUUGAGUACUCCUAAUGCUGGUGAUGCACCAUCAUUUGUAAGCCCAGGUGAGAGCCAUUUGUCUGACAAGAAUGGUGACCUUACUUGCAAUGGUGAUGCUUGUGAAGGGCAGAAAUAUGUCAGUAAUGGAAAAAAACAUCAAAAUUUUGAUCCUAUACUUUCAGAGGAGGAGGAGGCUGCAUUUUUGCGCUCCUUGGGCUGGGAGGAGAAUGCUGAUGAGGGUGGUCUUACUGAAGAGGAAAUCAGUGAUUUCUAUAAGUACAUCAAUUCAAAGCCGUCGCCCUUAGACUCACAGAUUGGGAGCAUUGGUGGCAUUUCUUCUGGAUUGAGCUCAUCUGAAACUAAGCUGGAAUCUUGA